AUGGAUGAUUUUAUUGCAACACAAACUCUCUCUAGGUUGGAAUAUAUGAUUGAGCGCUUUGUGGCGACACAAACUCUCCAGAAUGAAGAGUUUAGAAAACAAAAUCUCCAUACUAAUGAAAUCCUUAGGCAGGUGAACAUUGUGGGUCAGUCCCUUGCGAUUCACAACAAGUCAUUAAAGAUCCAAAUAUCCCUACUUGCACACACACCUCUAGGAUCCUUCCCUGGGAAACAUGCGGAUUCUGUAACAAUCAAUAGUGAAAAAAUCAAAAAUUCUAAGGAGAAUGAUAAUGAGGAGAUUUCUUGUGAGAAAAGAGUAGAGAUUGAGAAAAAUAUACUGACACCACCCGAAAGGGAGGUUGUCGAAGAGGUAGAGAAGAAAGCAUCUUAUGUUGUUCCUCCUCUCUAUAACCCACGGAUUCCUUUCACACAAAGGUUUGUCGAAGCUAAGGUAGACUCAAAAUCCAAAAGACAUGUGGAGGUAUUGGAAAAUAUCCAUGCCAAUGCACCUUUGUUUGAGGUCCUGCGUAAAAAGAGAAAAUUAAAGGACCAUGAAACUAAGUAA